AUUGAUGAAUUUUCCAUGUCUAAUUUAGUUUUUAGUCCACACUUAAAAAAUGUUUACUUCAUUGGGACUUCUAUUUCCUUUAUAGUUUAAUAGUUUAUACUUUAAAUAAAUUAUAAUUGACUUGGUGGUGUACUUGAGCCUGGACCAUAAUUCGUUUUGUACGUCUGGAACUGGAAUAUCUUUAACACUUUCUAUAUUUUUGUGCCUUGUGAUUUGAAUUGUGAUUCCAUUUGCGGUUCUGUAGUCAGUAAAUCGCUGUCAUACAGUUUUUAUAAAUGUAGCUAUAGUGUGCUAGAGAGUUUUAUAUUAUAGGUUUUCUACUUUUCCAGUAGUUUAGUGUGUGUGCAGUGUACUUUGAAGCUUGUGAGUUUUAUAUUAUUGUAUUGUUAAUGCUGUAUACUAUUCUGUGCUACUAUCAUUAUACUUCUAAAAAGAUGUAUUCUUUAUUUUUGUAUAAAAUGACCAAACCUAUAAGUUCAUUGUCGAAAAUCUGGUCAUAAGCUUAUGUAGAUUAUUAUAAGUUGUCUUUAUUUGAAAAUUCACGUGUGUUUAUGCUAUGAAUACGAUACCAUCUCAUAUGUUUUGUUCAAAACAUUCAGAUUGUGAAGCACCAAUAUCUGUUAUUACAGAAAUCUUGUCAGAAAAUGAUCCUAUAAAGCAAGAUAAAAUCUCCAAAGAAUUUGAAGAAUUAGGAUUUACAAAAGUAAAAGAUUUAGCACAAACAACCUUUGGAAAAGCCAGCUCGAUAAAAUUGUGUGGAGAUUCUUUAACACUGCUUUAUAAAGCUUUAGAGAUGUAUGAUGAACACCUUGAUGAUCUUCUAAAAUCUGCAAAAUUAGAAAAUCAAAAUGGAAAUUUCACCAAAACUCAGGAAAUAUGUGAAGAAUUACUUAAGCAAAAACCUAAUGAUUUAAAUGUAAUUUUGCUGAUGGCUGGAUCAUUUUUUAAAUGUGGAAACUAUGAAAAAUCUAAUAGUUUCUUGGAAUCAGCAAGAACUUUAAAUCCAAAUUCGUUUGAAGUGUUGAGUGACAUUGCAUUUAACUAUUGGAAACAAUCCCAAUAUGAUUUAGCAAAAUAUUACUUAGCUGAAGCUAUUGAAAAGAAACCUGAAUAUUGUAAUGGUUGGAUUAAUUAUGCUGAAUCAUUAAUUAAAACAAAUGAUAUAGAAUUUGCUGAACAUGUUUAUAUUCAAAUUUUAAAUUUAAAACCGGAUUCAUAUAUUGUACGAAAUAUGUAUGGAAAAUUGCUUCUAUCCUUAAAUAAAACAGAAAAUGCUAAACAGCAAUUUAAGAUUGCUCAGAAAAUUGCGCCAGAAUCUCAAGAAGCAUUGAGUAAUUUAGGAGAUGUUUAUUUGAUGACUGAUAAAUUUGACAAAGCUAUUUUAAAUUAUCAUAAAGCUUUAGAAGUAAAUCCUAAUCUGAUUAUGACUUUGGUUAAUUUAGGAAUGGCUUAUCUCAAACUAACAGACUACCAAAAAGCAGCUAAUGCAUUUGAAAAAGCUAUUGAAUUGGAUCCAGAAAAUAUCUCUGCUUUCAAUUAUUUAAGAGUUAUAUAUUAUUAUCAAGGAAAUAUAUUAUCGUCUGUAGAAACCUUCAAAAAAAUUUUGAAAGUUCAACCUGAUAAUUUAGAUAUUAAUUUAGAAUUGGCUUUGAUCUACAUAAAUAUCCUCAAUGAUUAUGAAGAAGCUGAAAAUUAUUUAAAAAAAUGUAUCGAAUUGAAUUCACAAAGAGAAGAUCUGUAUAAACUUCUUUUUACAGUUUACAAAAAGUCAAAUAAAUCUAUAAAUGCAUCAGAUAUUUGUAUUUCGUUGGGCGACUUAUAUUUGGAUCGUUUAGAUCUAGAAAAUGCAAUAGAUGCAUUUAAUACUGCAGUGGAUUUGAAUCCUGAGAAUGCACUUGGUUAUUGGAAAUUUGGACUCAUUAUGCAUAAACUGGGUCAUUUUAAUUUUGCUUUAUCUAGGUAUAGAAAAGCUAUUGAUGUGAAACCAAACUUUGCCAAUGCUUACUGUGACAGCGCAAUAAUUUAUGAAAAAUAUGAUCUUUACGAAAGGGCUUUAGAUUAUUAUAAAAUGACCCUUCAGCUUCAACCGGACCAUUUAAAUGCUUUGAUUAAUAUGUCACUUCUUAAACAAAAAAUGGGCCAAUUUGAUGAUAUUGUUGAAAUCUUUAAUAGAAUUCUUCAAAUUGAUGACUCAGAUGCUUUUGAUAUACAUAUGAAUUUAGCAAAUGUUUUGCAUAAGGAAAAUGGAAAUCUUACUGAUGCUCUUUUUCAUUAUGAAAAAGCUUUGGAAUAUGACAAUAAAACUGUUGAGAUUUAUGUAUGUAUGGGAAACAUAUACACCGAAUUAAACAUGUAUGAAAAAGCAUUAAGUUAUUUUCAUAUGGCAAUUCAGCUUGAUUCACAGUGUUUAGAAGCUUUUGUUAAUGUAGGUUUUAUACAAAAAGAUAGUGAUAAUUUCAUUGAUGCGAUUCAGACUUAUGAAACUGUAUUAAAACUAAAACCAGAUUUUCCAGAAGUAUAUUGUAAUUUAGUACAAUGUUUACAAAAAAUUUGUGACUGGUCAGACUAUGAUUCUCACAUGAUUAAGUUAAAAGAAAUAGUUUACCAAGAACUUAAGGAUGAUAAAGUUUUGUCCUUAUUACCUCAUGAUUCAUUGUUGUUACCGUUAUCAUUUGAAGAACAAAAAAAUAUUGCUACUAAGUAUGCUCUACAUUGUGUUGAAAAAUUGAAAAGAUCAAUUGAACCUCCAAAAUUUUCGUAUCCUACAUCUAUAUCCGUCGGAAAUCUAAAGAUUGGUUUUGUAUCAACUAACUUUAGUAAACACCCAAUAACAACAAUUAUGGAAUCCUUAUCCAGUUUGUAUGGCUAUGAAAUAGAUGUCAUUUGUUAUUCUACAUCUUCAUGUGAUAAUAUUCCAACUUGGUUGAAUCAUUUAAGUAACUCACAGCACUAUACAGAUUUAUCGCACCUCAAAGCAAUUGAUGCUGCUAAAACUAUUAACAGUAAUGGAAUCCAUAUAUUGGUUAACAUGUGUGGUUAUACAAAGGGUUUUCAAACUGAAAUAUUUGCUUUAAGACCUGCUCCAAUUCAAGUUUCAUGGUUUGGUUAUCCUAGCACUAGUGGUGCACCAUUUAUAGAUUAUUUAAUUACUGAUAAAGUAUGUUCUCCUCCUGAACUUCAAAAUGUAUAUACUGAAAAAUUGGCUUAUAUAAAUCGAACUAUUUUUGUUGGCGAUCAUAAACAUAAGUUUUCUGAAUUAUGUCAACUCAAAGAUUUAAAUAACACAAAUAAUAUUUCACAUCAAAAUAUUUAUCUUAAUGGAAACAAUUUUAAUGAAAUGGAUUCUGCCGAAACUAUUUAUAUUGAUGAAGAACCCACAACGGCCACAACAUCUCUGAUAUCUUACUCUAGACCAAGUUUCAACUUACCCGAAAAUGUUGUUGUAUUUUGUAAUUUCAGUAAGCUGUAUAAAAUAGACCCAAUUACUUUCCGUACAUGGCUAACUAUUUUGAAUAAUGUUCCUCAGUCUGUAUUAUGGCUUCUACAUUUGAAUGAUGCUGCUGAAGAAAACUUAAAAAAAUUUGCUAAUGAUUUAAACUUUGAUUCAUCACGUAUCAUUUUUGCUGACUUUAUUCCUAAAUAUCAACAUUUGAAUCGAAUCCAGUUGGCCGAUAUUUAUCUGGACACAUUUUUAUAUAAUGGACACAUAGCUUGCUUGGAUGCAUUAUGGGCAGGAGUUCCAGUUAUAACUUUACCUGGAGAAACACACGCAUCUCGUAUAACAGCUUCACAGUUGACUACUUUGCAAAUUUUAAAUACUAUUGCUCAAAAUGAAGAAAAUUAUAUUGAAAUUGCAAUACAAUUGGGGUCAAACAAACAAUUGUUGGAAAAUAUCAGAAAAAACAUUUGGGAAUUUAAAAUGCGAAGUGAUGUGUUUGAUAUAAAUACCUAUGCAACAGAAAUUAUUUUAAUCUUAAAAAGGAUGUGGAAAAACUAUCCGUCUAUACAUGAACUGGACGUGUAGAAAUGAAUAUUUAAAUCGGUUUUUUCUAAAUGUUUCAAAGUUCAACUUUUUUUUUUUAUAUAUAUACAUAAAUAUUAAUGGUUUUAUUUUUAAAACAAAUUAUUCUCAUUUAUUUAAUUUAUAAG